CAAUCAAACACCAACAAACCAUUCCAAUUACCUUUUAUUAUACUCUUUGCACUUGCAUUAGCACUCCCAAAUGAAGCAAUUCAUCCGCCGUCUCUCCCGCAUCGCCGACGUCUCCGCCCAGUACAACCUCCUCUGCUCCUCGCCUCCACCUGAAUCCUUCCGUGUCGCGGUUAAGAAGCAGGCGCCGCGCUCCGUCCCCCAGGGACACGUCCCGGUUUACGUCGGGGAAGAGAUGGAGCGGUUCGUUGUCAACGCGGAGCUGCUCAACCACCCGGCUUUCGUCGGGUUGCUUAACAAGUCGGCUCAGGAGUACGGGUAUGAGCAAAAAGGGGUGCUGCAUAUUCCCUGUCACCUCCUCGUUUUUGAAAGGGUUAUGGAAGCAUUGAGACUAGGGGUUGAAUCACGUGACCUCCAGGAUCUCCUUCCUUCUCCGACGAUUUCUAGCCAGCAAAACAUGAACAAACGAGGUCGUUUUGGCUCUCUUUGUUUUUCAAGUAAAUAUAUAUGUGAUGUUAAAGGAAAAUGGAAGAAAUUCAGGGCUCUGUUAAGUGUGGCCCUUUAA